AUGUGCUCAUUUACUGGACCCCACGGAAACAUAUUCAAUCUGGCAUUCUCUGCUAGGAAGCAGUACUUACUGUCGGGAGGCUCCGACAAACCAAUAUUCAGAUUUGAUGUUGCUACUCGCACUCAGCUGGACGCAGGGAGUUCAGGCUCGGCCAGCAUCAUCUACCAAGACCAUAGUGAUUGUAUUCGCGGCCUGACCUGUCACAGCCAACACGAGGAGCUUUUCUUAAGCGCCAGCGAUGACGGGAGUAUACGAAUGCACGAUGGACGAGGUAACGGAUUAUCCCGAGCGCAGGCAACACUUCAAGAAUCGGUCGAAGUCACCGACGUCCGCUUCCAUCCCACAUUAGAGCAUAAUUUCUUAUCAACGGAUUCGCGUGGCGGAGUACACCUACGAGAUAUGCGCAUGGCAUUUGGUCCUUUAACGCAGAGAACGAACGGUGGGAUUUACAACACAACACUGUCGAAGCGCGGCUCCCGCCGCCUCGGCAUGCCGGAGCCAUCGAGUGUGGCGUUCAACUGCGAUGGUGAUAUGCUUGCUGUCACCUUGCUUAACCACCUGCCCACGCUUUACUCCCUACAUGAAUAUCAGCCGAUAGCGACAUUUAGUGGCUUGCUCUUACCAGAUGGACCGCCUGUGCCCUCGAAUCAACGAACCUACUGCAAUACUUGUACCAUCAAGGCGAGUUUAUUUCGAAAGCACAUGGGCCUUGAGACGGAUGGGUUCUAUUCUGCUGGCUCCGACGACUUUCGUGGAUACAUAUGGAAAGUUCCCAAUAUCGCUCACCUAGUUAACCAACGAAGAAGAAUUGGGGAACGAGAGUGGGAUUCGCAGAGAAGUCCCUCUGAAAUAGCUUUCGUGGAGAGCGAGACGAAUGAUAGAUAUAUCCCUCUGGAAUUAUCCCAGCCGUACUGCCGUUUAACAGGACAUGAUUCAAUAGUCAACACGACGUUGUUUCACCCUUACCUUCCACAUAUCCUGACCUCGGGUAUAGAGAACCACAUCACGCUGCAUAGUCCUACACCUGCUUCGCCUUGCUCCUCGUCGUUACAACUCAGUCCGCCGGAUGUGCGGACGCUACCUCGUAGUGCAAUUGAAGGAAGACUCAUGACCAACGAUCUAUCUGAAAGGGAAACGAUAGGACUAUUUGACCAGUAA